AUGGCCACCUACCUGGAGCUGCCCAUCUGUGUGGAGAUGCCCGUCCUGGGACUGGGGACUUGGCAGUCUCUCCAAGGAAGAGCAAGAGAUGCAGUAAAGUGUGCCAUAGAUGUUGGGUACCGCCACUUUGAUUGUGCCUACCUGUACCAGAAUGAGAGUGAGAUCGGGGAUGCACUACGAGAAAAGAUGGAGGAGGGGGUUGUCAGGCGAGAAGACCUCUUUAUUGUCAGUAAGCUGUGGUCCACCUUCCACGAGAGAUCCCUGGUGAAGGAGGCAUGCCAGAAAACACUUGCUGCCCUCCAGCUGGAUUAUCUGGAUCUCUAUUUGAUGCACUGGCCCAUGGGAUUCAAGGCAGGAGAGCAGCUCUUUCCUCUAGAUGGAAAUGGCAUGGUCAUUCCCAGCGAUACAGAUUUUCUGGAUACGUGGGAGGCUAUGGAGGAGCUGGUGGAUGUGGGAAUGGUGAAGGCCAUUGGAGUCUCCAACUUCAACCACAAACAGAUAGAUCGGCUCUUGAGCAAACCAGACUUAAGACACAAACCUGUUAAUAAUCAGAUUGAGAGCCACCCUUAUCUUCCUCAGGAAGAGCUGAUUAAGUUUUGCCAAUCCAAAGGGAUCUCUGUCACUGCUUAUUGUCCCCUUGGAGCACCCAACUGGCCAUGGUCCAAGCCAGAGGAUAUUUCCCUUUUCGAUGAUCCCCAAAUAAAGGAAAUUGCACUCAAGUACAACAAAACCCCAGCUCAGGUGCUCAUCCGGCUCCAGAUUCAAAGAAAUGUGAGUGUAAUUCCCAAAUCUGUCACUCCACACCGUAUUGAGGAAAAUUUCAAGGUAUUUGACUUUGAAUUGUCCGAAGAGGAGAUGGAAACCUGCCUCACUUUCAAGAAGCGGUAUCGCAUCUGUGCCUUAAGCGAAUGCAAAAAUCACAAGGACUAUCCUUUUCAGGAAGGCUAACAUAGGCCCUAUCUUCCAGAUCCUCCAGGGAUCAGGACCAUAUAUCAUUGUUUCAAGGAAUUUAAAUUACUUCACCUGUAUUAAAUCACA